UUCCGGUAUGAUUUUCAGCCCCAAGAGUGUGCAUUAUAGGGUAGGGUUGUCGGAUCCGGAACCGAAAAAGGCCGGAUAUCCGAAAUUUUCAGCUUGGAUAUCGGAUCCGGAUAUCCGAAUAUUUCCAACUAUCCGACAACACUACUAUAGUGAGGUCCGGCUGUAGUUAUUUAUAUAUUUUUAAUGAUAGUGGCGGCGCAAAAGUCGCCCGGCGCAAAAGUCGCGGCGCAAAAGUCCCCCGGCGCAAAAAUCGCGGCGCAAAAGUCCCCCGGCGCAAAAGUCGCUCGGCGCAUAAGUCGCGGCGCAAAAGUCGCGGCGCAUAAGUCGCGGCGCAAAUGUUCUCGGCGCAAAAGUCACGGAACCCCCCCUUCUAGGGUGCCGCUAUAUUAGAGACUGUCGUUCUAAAAGAGACUGCCCUUAUAUUAGAAUAAAUACGGGAUAUCAGCUUAUUUUUAGCUUCAAUAAGGGGGUGAUGAUUUUAGAGGGGGAUUUUAUUGAAAAAAAGUCUGGGAGAGUUUUGCGGAUGGAUUUUGCGGACAAACAAUUUUCGGAUGUUUUG